CAAACUUGUGACUGAAGUCAAAACUCUGCUACGUGGACUCUCGGACUGGGGUUAACUAAAUCGACUAAUCUAGGACUAAGAUCUGCAGCUGAGUUUCGUCAUCGGAAGUCAAGGCAGCAUACGAAAUUCCAGCCGUAUCACCACCACAACUAAGUGUUUUUUAAGACAGUAUUAACCAGCUGCCCGCUAAGGUCAUGGCCGAUACAACUAUAAAGUGCUAGCGGCAUGCAGUUUGAUAUCAGUAGCGGUGGCCUUUGAAAUGUUUGGCUUUGCAAUCACCGUAGCUGCUGCUACCUGUGAUCUGGAUCUUACCAUCAGCCAGAUUGGUCUUCUAGCUAGUUCACCGUUUGCAGGCUUACUCUUUGCAUACCCAUGGGGCUACUAUGCUGACACACGAGGAAGGAAAAGCGCCUUGCUGCUCUCCACUUCAAUUGGAUUUAUUUUUGGACUUCUAGGGAGUUUCUCAGUCAAUUGGCAGAUGAUGCUAGCGUUCAAGAUUAUUGGGUGUAGCUUCUCUACUGCAUCAUUCACGCUUACAAUGACAUACCUCGGAGAGUGUACCAGAGACAGGAAUAGAGGACAAUAUAUCUUCAUAAUGAUGAGCAUGAAUUUAGCAAGUGAAAUGUUGUCUUAUGGUCUAGCCUACAUCAUUCUACCUUUGACAUUUGCGUGCCCCAUACCCUUGUUAUCUAUUACAUUCAACUCUUGGCGUCUUUUCUCGAUGGUUUUGUGUAUGCCACUUGGUUUCGGCGCCAUUUUCAUGUGGACCCUGCAAGAGAGCCCUAAAUUCUUAGCAGACAGAGGAGACGGAGAUGAAGCUUUACAGGUCCUGAAGACGAUGUUUGUGGCGAAUGGGAAUAAAGAACACGAAUUUCCGGUUAAGUCGCUUCAGUCAACGGUCAGCGUCGCCAAAGAAAUUUCCUGUUGUGUUACACUUGGGCAACAAAUAGGCCAACUGUUUAAGCCACCAUUAUUGUGGAGGACAUUGCAGCUGUUCUAUUUAUUAUCACUUACUUGUUCUAUAAACAACACUAUUGUGAUGUGGUUCCCAACGAUGCUAGAUAUUGUUUUCAAAUCGUUUUCAUCAGAUGGAGCGCAGGUUUCAUUCUGUGAAAGUAUAACGGAGGACUCUGUUUCGCAUAGAAACUCUAAUGCACCCUGCACUGGAACAUUAUCUGAAGAAACAAUUUUUUCUGGUAUUAUUGCAAGUUUAUUUUUCGUAGUAGUGAACCUUUGUGUUGCGAAAUUGGCGACGUGGCGACGCCAGAUUUUGAUGGGCUCUCUUUUUAUUUCUGGAGUCAGUUGUGUUAUGAUAAUAGUAUUGAGACAGCCCAUAGCAAGCAUAAUAUUCUUCACAUUGGCUCAAAUAACUGCCAUCGGGAUCGGGAGCAUCGCAUCUUAUUUCGUCGACUUAUAUCCCACAUCCUGCAGAGGUCUCGCACCAAGCUUGGGCUUCAUGUUAGGUCGUUUCGUAUCUCUAACGGCUGUGAUAUUAAUCGGAGGAACUAUCGUGAACCAUUGCAACGCUAUUUUCUAUACUUCUGCUACGUUGGCUUUUUCUGGCGCGGCCGUUGCGUUAUUACUUCCAUAGGCCAUUACAUAUAAGCGAACAUGUCUUAUGACAAAAUUAAAAAAUAAAAGUUUUCUUAAAAUAAGGUAACUAUUGGGAUCUCAUAUUGCUUAGACACUUCUUCCAUUGCUAUCAUCGUUAUUCUGGAUCUAUAAAACAAUGGUACAUAGGAAGCCAUUAUAAGAAGAAAAACUAAUAUAUUUAUAAGCAAUCUACAAUCGAACAAUAGUUGACUCAGAAUUGACAAAGACUCUCUUUUGUCAACUGUCAUAUUGAGAUUGUUAUCAUUCUGUGCUCAAUACUCGCGUCUAUUUAAGGUUGUUUAACCUAUUUAGUACUCAAAACCUAGAAAUUAUCGCCACAUUCACGUUCUCAUGCAAAUUCAAAUUUAAAAUCAUUUAUCCAUUUUGUUAACAAAAUGUACACUUAUGAACGUCAAUAAAGAAAUUUGUACGUA